UCCCUGGAGCAGAGUCAUCCGGCAGCCAGGAGCACCAGGGCACGGCCACAGGCGCUGCAGGGGAAGGAGGGACACUUCAGGCUUGGCAGGUGGCCCUCCCUGAGCCGUACAGGCAGAGUGGGGGGGAGGAGGGAGGAGGCAGUGCAGGAGGAGGAGGAGGAGGGGGAAGAAAAAUGAAGACGGACCGGUUUCUCCAACUCCAACAGUUCUCUAGUAACUCAGCAGCUCCAGCAGCAGCCCAUCCUUCUCAGAUUGACUGGGAGACUGCAGCGGUAGGAGUAGAGGUAAAGGCACCUACAGCAGCUCUAGAGCAACAGAAGACCCAGGUAGAGACCCAGGGACAGGACGUUUCUCCCCAGACUGAAGUGCCUCUCGCUGGGCAUCAUGGUGGUGUCCCUGCCGGUGGUGUUCUGGCCGGUGGUGGCUCUCCACCCCGGGCUGUGCUCCGCAGGAGGCCAUCCCAGGACGGUGCUGCUCCACACAACAGGAGGGCGGUGAGCAUGUAUGGAGCCGCAGCCAGGCAGCAUCGAGGCUCGCUAAGCCGCCAGGACAGACAGGACAGGCCCAGGAGUGUGUGCAUGCUCGCAGGCCCCAACCUAAACCCUACCCUAUCAGAGCCCGGGUCCCACUCCCAACACACCUCCAGGAGGGGGGCUACAAGGUCUCUGGACGGCCCCCCACAGCAGCGCUGGACCAGGAGGGCAGAGCUGCGGGCGGUGGACGGCCUUAAGCCAGGGGUGCUCCCUCAGUGGACGGUGGCGGGGGCUGAGGAGAAGGUGGUCCCCAGGGUCCGGCAGCAGACCUGGAAACCGAGACCGGUCAGCAUGACUGUGUUGGAGCUGAGGAAGAAGGCCUCGGGGUCUCAGGAGGGGCUGGACAGCCAAGGAGGAAGCCAGGGGGGAGGUCUAUUUGGCCGCUGGAGGCUGUUCGGCCGACCAGCUCAGGACAAGGAGAAGGAGGAAGCCCCAGACCCAGGCUCCAAUCCCAGCAGCAAGCCAGAUGCCCCCAAGAAGACCCUGAGCUCCUUACGCCGGAGCCUCAGUCUGCGGAUCAGGAGGAACCGGCCGCGGGAGAGAGUGGACAUUUCUGAGGUGACAGCAGAGGAACGCUCACGCACUACAAGUAUGGAGCAGGAGACAUCUCUCCCCUUGCGGCCCUUCUCCUAUCUGACUGGGAGGACCCUGCCACCUCCUUGCGAGAGGGACGAUGAUGGAGGGAGGCAGUUCAUUCAUUACCACAGCCAGGGCAAGGUUAAGGUGAUGGAGGUGCCCCUCUACCCAGCCAAACUGUCCUCCUCUACUAAACCGGCCCAGGAGGAGCCCAGCCUAUGGCAGCUCAUAGCCAGACGCUUUAGGAGGAAGGAGCAGCAGCAACCGUCCAACGGUAAAUGUGAACUCCAGCCCCGACACCAGAGCAAAGAGACUGGCAAAUAUUCCCUGGGCAGGAUUAAAAAGCCUCAGUCAGUUGCAAUAGAGACUCUGGCAGACUGCAACAAAGUUCAAGACUCUUUCGUCAAUAGCCAGGAGUGGACAUUGAGUCGAUCAGUGCCAGAGCUCAAAGUGGGUAUUGUGGGUAAUCUGUCGAGUGGGAAGUCUGCCUUGGUCCACCGGUACCUGACAGGCACAUAUGUGCAGGAGGAAUCUCCUGAAGGUGGUCGGUUCAAGAAGGAGAUGGUGGUUGAUGGACAGAGCUACCUGCUGCUGAUCAGAGAUGAGGGAGGCCCCCCGGAGCUGCAGUUUGCAGCAUGGGUAGACGCUGUGGUGUUUGUCUUCAGUCUGGAGGAUGAGAUCAGUUUCCAGACAGUCUACAACUAUUUCCUGCGUCUGUCCAGCUACAGGAACACAGCAGAGGUCCCCAUGGUCCUGGUUGGGACGCAAGAUGCCAUCAGUGCUGCCAACCCCAGAGUGAUCGAUGACUCGCGGGCGAGGAAGCUGUCCAACGAUCUGAAGCGCUCCACCUACUACGAGACCUGCUCCACCUAUGGCCUCAAUGUGGAACGAGUCUUCCAGGAUGUUGCCCAGAAGGUGGUGGCUCUGAGGAAAAAGCAGCAGCUGUCUAUUGGUCCGUGCAAGUCCCUGCCCAACUCUCCCAGCCACUCAUCAGUCCCCAACGCAUCCAUCCCCUCUGUGCAUAUUAACCAGUCGGCAAACGGCGGGGGUGUGUUCAGCGACUACUCCUCCUCUGUGCCCUCCACUCCCAGCAUUAGCCAGAGGGAGAUGCGUAUCGAGACCAUUGCUGCCUCCAACACGCCCACACCCAUCCGCAAGCAGUCCAAGCGCCGCUCCAACAUCUUCACUUCACGGAAAGCCAACAGUGAACAGGCAAAGAACACUGACAGUAAAACAGAUAGCAUAGGCAGUGGAAGGGCCAUACCCAUCAAACAGGGCAUCCUUCUGAAGAGAAGUGGGAAGUCCCUGAAUAAGGAGUGGAAGAAGAAAUACGUCACACUGUGUGACAACGGCCUUCUCACCUACCACCCCAGUUUACAUGACUACAUGCAGAAUGUGCACGGUAAAGAGAUUGACCUGUUGAGGACCACGGUCAAGGUGCCAGGGAAGCGACCACCCAGAGCGGUCACCACCAUCGCCCCCACUGCCAGCCCCAAGACCAACGGGCUGACCAAGGACCGUAGCACCCUGCAGCUAGGAGUGGGCACUGCAGGUGCGCCCCACUCUAACAGUAGUACGUCCCUCCAGUCAGAGCAUUCGGUCGGCGGGGGAAAUCUGGUGGGCUUCGGGGGCAGUAAAGACGGCAUGCACCAACGCUCCUUCUCUGUGUCCAGCGCUGACCAAUGGAACGAGGCUGUCAUCAACACCAGUGCAAGCACCGGGACCGCCAACGGGAUGGCCGAGCCCCUGACCUGCAGCUAUGGGGUGGGCAGUGCCACCAGUCCCAAGCAGGAGCCUCCCCCCUCGCCUCACUCCAACCGCAAGAGACACAGACGGAAAAAGAGCACAGGCAUCACCAAGCCAGACGGACCAUCUACAGGCAACGAAGAGUCGGAGGAGUCGUUUGAGUUCACCAUUGUGUCUCUGACAGGCCAGAUGUGGUACUUCGAAGCGUCUACGUUUGAGGAGAGAGAGCUGUGGGUCACAGCCAUUGAGAGCCAGAUUUUUGCCAGCCUGCAGUCCUGUGAGAGCAUGAAGAACAAGUCCCGGUUAGGCAGCCAAAGUGACGCGGCAUCCAUUCAGUCUAUAAGGAACGUGAGAGGGAACAGCUUCUGUGUGGACUGUGAUACAGCCAACCCUGACUGGGCCAGUCUGAACCUGGGGGCUCUGAUCUGUAUAGAGUGCUCAGGGAUCCACAGGAACCUGGGGACCCACCUGUCGAGGGUGAGGUCUCUGGACCUGGAUGACUGGCCUGUGGAGCUCAGCAUGGUGCUGAUGGCUAUAGGCAACACCAUGGCCAACAGUGUCUGGGAGGGGGCCCUGGAGGGCUACACCAAGGUGGGCACUGACAGCACCAGGGAGGAGAGGGAGCGUUGGAUCCGGGCAAAGUAUGAACAGAAGCUGUUCCUUAUGGAUGUCCCCCAGUCGGAUGUGCCCCUGGGGCAGCAGCUACUUCGGGCUGUGGUGGAGGACGACCUGAGGCUGGUGGUGCUGCUGCUGGCCCACGGCACCAAGGAGGAGGUCAACGAGACGUACGGGGACGGGGACGGACGCACUGCCCUGCACCUGUCCUGCGCCAUGGCCAAUGUGGUCAUCACCCAGCUUCUCAUCUGGUAUGGUGUGGAUGUGAAGAGUCGGGACGCUCGCGGCCAGACGCCGCUGUCCUGCGCCCGGCGGGCAGGAAGCCAGGAAUGUUCUGACAUCCUGCUCCAGCACGGCUGCCCCAAUGACCCCGUCAGCAGCCUGACCACACCCAACAUGAGCCGCAGAAACCCCGAUGUUAACCCUAACCCUAAUGUCAACAAUAACAACGCCCUCGGUGAACUCAACCGCAGUGUCAGUAUCAUGUAGGACCAGGAGUGGAUCUGACCGGACUCUCGGAUCACCAAGGCCCCUGAACAUACACAUACUGUGUCCCCAUAGACUACCCAGUGAUCGUACUACUUUCCCAGUGUCCAGUCCUCAUUCUCCUCUUACUCUACUUCAUAUUGUGUAACCUUGACUGAGUAACUGACAGUGGAGUUUCUGUUGUUGUUGGCGCAACGGACAGGAUAGAGAUAUUCCACGACACUGAGAGAGGUGCUUACCUGGUGGACAUUGUAUAUUGUAUUUGUUUUGUUGUUUUUCUCAUAUCAUCACCACAGAGGUGAAUCUCUGUCAGAAACUAUCAUGAUCAGCUUUAAAGCUUGUUAUUGUUAUUAAGCAUCAACCAAAUGAAUGGCUCAAGAUUUCUUUGUGUUUUUGGCAUCACCUCUCCUCUCCCCACUCUGUACUAAAACAUUUCCUUUCAGGUCUU